AUGGUAGGAGUAAUGGAUAAUGAUGAGACUGCUUUAUUGACACAUCAUUAUCAAAUUAUUGAUGUUAUUGAAAAAGGACCAUUAUCUUCUAUUUAUAAAGCUAUACAUAGACUUUCUGGAAAAACAUUUACAAUAAAAACAAUUUCACUUUCAAAAUCUACCUUAAAACAACGAUCACCAAAUCAUACAAUAAAAAGUGAAGAUGCUGAUAAAGAAAUUGAAAUAUGUGCAGAUUUAAAAAAUCCAUACUUAGCACAGUUGAAGGAUGUUAUUAAAGGAGACACAACAGUUCAUAUGAUUUUUGAAUAUCUUGAAGGAAGUGAUAUAUGUUUUGAAAUUGUCAAAAGAGCCACAGCCGGUUUUGUUUAUUCUGAAGCUGUUGCAUCACAUUAUAUGAGGCAACUUUUUGAAGCUUUAAAUUAUAUGCAUUCACAAAAUAUUAUUCAUAGAGAUAUUAGGCCUCAUAAUAUUUUACUAGCCUCCAGAGAUAAUAAUGCCCCCCUUAAAUUGAGAGGUUUUGGGGCAGCAUUUAGAUUAUUAAAUAAAGAUUCAUUAUGUGAUCAGGGUAAAGUUGGUAUUCCACAAUUUAUGGCACCAGAAAUGGUUAAAAAUCAACCAUAUAAUACAUCUGUUGAUAUAUGGUCUGCAGGUGUAUUAUUAUAUUUAUUAUUAACAGGAAAAACACCAUUUAAUGGUACAACUCAAGAUAUUUAUGAUUCUAUAAUUAAUGGAACAUUAUCAUUUGAAAAUCCAUAUUUUAUUCCAAUAACAGAACCAGCAAAAGAUUUAUUAAGAAAAUUAUUAACAUCUAUACCAGAAGAUAGACCAACAGCAGAGGAAUGCCUUCAUCAUCCCUGGAUAUGUGAAAAAAUAGUCCCAAAUAGAAAACAUUUGGUUGAAGUUGUUGAAAAUGUUAAAGAAUAUAAUCAAAGAAGAAAGUUAAAGUCAAAUUUAAUAUCAGUUGUCAAUCAUCCCAAUUGGGAAUUACCAACAUCACCCGUUUCUGAAAUGGUAAAGACAUCUGAUAAUAUGAUAACAGAAGGCAUUUUACCAGAAGGAGAUGUAUGUGAUAUGGAAACAAUAAAUAGUAUAACUAGUGAAGCUUUAAUAACUAGUGGUAGAAGUAAUGAAGAUGAAUCAUGUAAUACUAAUAUUCAAACAACAUCUAUAGAAAAAAUAUUAACAUCAUUAGAUCAAAUAUCAAUAUUAACUGAUCGUAAUAAUUUAUUUCAAUCAUCAACGAGUAAUCAUCUUGCAGGAGUUCUUGAAAACACCAAUUUUCAUGAUCUUCUAAAUGUAAGUUUAUUCUAA